AUGAACACCACCGAGUCCUCAACAAUCCAGCUCUCGCUGCGACCAGCGAUUGCAGAGAAUAACGGCGCCCAUACCCUCGCCGAGCAGAUCUGGCGCAUCAAUGCUGAGCGUGGCCACUUCCGCAGUGUGACCGAAGAGGGCCUGCGCCGGGAGAUUGAGGCGCAAGAAGCCGGAUUGGUGGAGACGACCGAGGAGAACGACAAGGAAGAGGAGGAGGACAAGGUGCACACGCGCGAAGGACUGGCAGCCGCGCGGCUGGAGUUGAUCCGCUAUGUAGGCCAGGCUUACCAGGAAGCCGCCAUGGCCCUCGAUAUGAUUUCGCUCCUGCUCUCCAAAGAUGCGCCCGCGCAGGGCACCCAGUCCAUGUCGCCAGCCCUCAAAAGCCUCGUUCCGCCUGGCACCAUACACUACGAGAAGUGGCCACCCACACAGCGUACGAAUGCAGAGCUGCGGAACGAAGACGUCGUGACCAAGGGCUGGAAGAUGCAGAGUCUCAACGCGGCGGCUGACUCACUGCUCGUGGGUGCAGCAAGGCUCGAAAAGGAGGUCAAGAAGGAGACGAAGUAUUGGGAGCAGGUGCUUUCGCUCAGCCGAGAAGGGUGGGCUAUACGUCGGGUUCCCCAGCAGAAGAACGUUUUGGGUGUGCAGAUUGGAUGCGUAGAUGCCGCGCCUCGCUUCAAAAGCCGCGGCUUCUCGGCUUUGCGUAGCAACGAUGAAGGCGACAUCAUCCUCGACGAAGCUCUCACACAGCGUCCCGAGGCCAUUCGCGUCCGCAUACGCCACCAGGACAAGAUCAUCGGCUCCUCGCGGCUCGCUGCGAUAGAUACAAAGGCACAAGCCCCGGUCGAGGAGCUCGUCCACAGAGCUCGCGACACUCUGUUUGAACAAGAGCUCUACCAGGAAAUGAUCUUAGAGGCGCGGCAGCUGCAUGGCUACUACAUCGAGACUCGAGACGGAGUCAUAAAUGUACCCGCCAAGUCGCCGAAAGCGAGUAACACAAUACCCGACGGCUCCAAGGAAGUAACAGAACAUAUCCUGAUAGACAAGGUCUACCUGGAUGAGACGCUCGAUGACUACGACGGCCACACCCAGGACGCCUUUGCCGAGCGAGUCGCACUCGCGCUCCGCGUACUCCUCGCGCACGGCUACCGCCAGCGGCUGCACCUCCGCUCACAGGUCCCGCCCCCGAUGACCGAUAAAGAGCGCAAGCCGCCCGUAACGGCAAUACUGCGUCCGUUGUUAACAGUGCUGCAACACUGGAGGGAUGUCGGUCUGUUGCGGGAGUAUCUCAAGACGACCUGUACAGCGCGUAAAGAGGCGGGCGCCGAGGCGUCAUUCACCCUUCGGGCAGGCGGUCCUAACCUUGCCGCUAUGGAAUCGGAAGCGCAAUCAACCGCGGAUGCUGUUGUUGGUAGUAUUACGGGCCCGCUCGAGACGGAAGCGACGUUACGUGUGCCGGAGCAGAACUUCAAGAUCACGCUACGUACGUAUCUGGGGCCCCCGAGUUUUGGGAGUGAGUUCAGGAUCAGUGCUGUAGGGGAGUCUGGCGCCGCGAAGGGCAAGGGAGACCGCUCUUUCGAGAACUUUGGGAAGUUGGAGAGAUUUCUGGAUAGUCGGGUCAAGGGUGCCAUCAGUGCUCCGAGGCAGGAGGAAUAG